UCCAAAUACCUUCAACUCCUCCUCUUACUGUACAAGACUGACACGGGCUUGUUUCAUAAAACGAGAUCGCAACGUGAAUGCCUCUUUUGGCGGCCCUUUUGCAAGUCUUUGGCGUAUCGUUCCACGAGGCUACGUCCAAUGUCAAGAGUGUAGUCCUGCAUCAGUGUUCAUGGUUAGACGGACGUAGUCGUAGCAUUCUAUACAUUCUUAGUGAAGAACCUGGUACGUCGAUUGUCCUUACGAUACUAAACACUGGGCCUCGCGUUUUGGGUCAGAUUUUUCAGUUGCUUUCCGAUCAGCUUUACGUUCUUCCAUCUUAACACCUGACGGGCAAAUCAAGGCAUACUGUUAAGUGAUCGCAACGUUCAACGACGAAUA